AUGUCUCCUCAUAUUUUAAAUCUUAAAGUUGGGACAAUAAUAUUGCUUCUUCGUAACAUGAAUCCCAGCAGAGGCUUAUGCAAUGGGACACGACUUCUUAUCAAAAAUUUACAUGAUAAUUUCAUAGAUUCUGAAAUAUUAUCAAGGACGCAUAAUGGCCAUCGCGUUUUUAUUCCUCGAAUUGAUCUUUCCCCGAGCGAUUCCCGGUUGCCUUUCAUAUUAAAAAGACGCCAAUUUCCUAUAAUUCCUGCUUUUGUUAUCACUAUAAACAAAAGUCAAGGUCAAACAUUCGACAAUGUCGGCCUCUUUCUUCCUGAACCUGUGUUUUCCCAUGGUCAGCUCUAUGUCGCUCUAACACGUAUCAAAAAUCUUCAAAGCAUAAAUCAGUACAGGGCAUUCUAUAAACAUCUAUUUCAAAACAAAAAUAUUCUUCAAAAAUAA